CAAUCGAGAUUAAGAAGACAGAGGAGGGAGAAUUUAACGUCAUUUAAAAUCUUGCGAGUGUUUCAAAUCGCAGUUAAUAAAGUACUCUUAUGGACUUAACAUAUUUUUUAUUGUUAAUCAUAUAUAUGUACCCAUGUAUAAUGUAAUUUAAUACUUGCUUACUGUUAUUGUUAUUACAAAUAACCGGUUCGCGUGUUUGUUUAAUUAAAAUUUUUUUCCAAACAAUAUGUCAGCAAGUAAAAUUAUUUGAGUAUUAAUUUGUUAAUUAUUUAAAUUUUUAAUACAAUUAGAAGAAAACCGGUUUUUAAUUGUAAUUGUAAUUGUUGAUUAAGUAAUUAGUAAUUAUUAAUAAUGAGUACUAAUAUUAAAAAUAUGGGAAUUGAAGAAAAAAUAAAAAAACCAGGAGGAUUAGGAGCGAGACACUUGCAAUGUUUAUUAUUAUUUUUUGGAAUUACAAUCGCUUAUACCAAUCGACUGUGUCUGUCAUUAGCAAUCGUUGCUAUGAAAGAUUCAGGGAAUAACAACAGAGUGGAUCAAGAGCACGCCGGAGUUGUGUUGAGUUCAUUUUUUUGGGGGUAUACAGUAAUGCAAAUACCAUCAGGAUAUUUGGCAAGAGAAUGGAGUGCUAAGCAAGUAUUGGGAUGGGGUGUGUUGAUAAAUGGAUUAUUAAGUUUGCUGGUACCAUUAGCGAAUGAUCAAGGUGGAUGGGGCGCUACUUGUGCCUGUAGAGUUAUUAUGGGUUUAAGUCAAGCCUGCCUUCUUCCAUGUGUACAUACAUUUUUAUCUAAAUGGGUACCACCCAGUGAAAGAAGCCGAUUGGGCAGUAUUACAUACGCGGGCGCACAAUUUGGCACUGCGAUAUCUUAUCCGAUAUCCGGAGUUUUGAUCGAGUACGUCGGGUGGCGAAGUGUCUUCUACUUCUUCGGUGCAGCUGCAAUUAUUUGGUCGUCUGUAUUUUUCAUCUUCGGUUACGAUUCGCCGAUUCUAUUGACACAAUCGGACAGCAAAGUGUGCUGUCGUUUAAGAAUAAGCAGCGUAGAAAAAAACUUCAUUGAAGGUGGUCUAGGACAGUCUCAAGAAGAUGUCUCUGAAAAGACAAGUAUUAAGACACCUUGGAUAAGUAUAUUAACUUCUGUCCCAUUUUGGGCGCUGGCAGUUGCUCAUUGCGGACAAAACUGGGGUUACUGGAUGCUGCUGACACAAUUGCCAACUUAUAUGGCGAGCGUACUAAAAUUUAACUUCAAAGACAACGGUUUGAUAUCAGCGCUGCCGUAUAUUGCGAUGUUACUUCUGACGAUUCCUGUAAGUUGGCUGAGCGACUGGAGCCAGAAGAAAGGACUUUCACGAGGGCUGGCUAGAAAAAUAAGCAACAGUGUUGGACACUGGGGUCCUGGACUGGCUCUACUGGGACUAGCAUUUGUUCCAGAAGGUCACACAACUCUAUCAGUGGCUAUUCUUAUUUUUGCAGUAGGCCUCAAUGUCGGAACACUCUGUGGGUUCCAAAUAAAUCAUAUUGACCUGAGUCCUAAUUUCGCUGGAGUUCUCAUGUCGAUUACCAAUUGCUUGGCUUCUGUAGUCGCGAUUCUCGCUCCGAUUAUCGUCGGUCUGAUUGUUACAAACGAAAGCGACAUACUUCAGUGGCACACAGUAUUUUAUAUAUCAGCGGCGAUAUAUUUUAUUGGUAAUUUAAUAUUCGUACUAUUUGGCAAAGGCGAAAUACAAGAAUGGGAUGAUCCGAAUUAUGGAAAUAAAAAUGGACAAAUCUAUUCCCAAUAACGUUGAGUAGAUAAGUGGAUAUAUAUAUAUAAUAAUAUAUGCAGUUAUUUUAACGAUUUUCAGUUCAAGUGACUGUGAUUAUUUAUUUUUAAUAAAAAUAAUUAUUAUUUAUAUUUUUAUUUACUUUAUAAUUAUUGUUUUUAUUUUAUUAAUGACACUACUGAGUUAGAUCAGAAUUAGGGGUGUGCGAAUAUCGUUCGAAUCAAAUAUUAAUAUUCGAUUCGAAAUUCGAAUCGAGUAAUUCGAACAAUACGCAAAUUAUCGAAAUAUCUCUAGAUUUUCUAUUGUUUCAAAUUUGAAUUCCAUUACAUCGUAUAGUAAAAUAUUCUACUUAUGAAUAAUAUACUUUUUGAUUAAAAAUCAAUUACCCGGAGAAAACAAUUGCUCAAUUUCAAUGUAUGUUCAUCCCUCGGCCCUGUCAUGACAAAACGACGUAUCUCAAAAAUUAUAGUUUCGAGAAAAUAGCGUUCAAAGUUUUAACAGAAUUUGAGUACAAUUUAACAGAAAAAUUAAUUUGUGUUAUCAGGGAUUAUCAGAUAUUUUCGGCUGGAUUUUUUUCAGAAACAAAAUCUCUCAAUACAAAACACAGACCGCACUUUGAUGCAUUGCUGUCUAAUCUAGCGAAGUGCGCUUUAAUUGGUUCAUAAUAUUCGUCUGUUUAAGAGAAAAACUCGGCCGAAGUUUCCAUUUACUGUACAAGUGCAACAAAGAUAGUACUGUUCGUAGACUUGGGUGUAAUAGAGAGAAAAGUGCGAAACCCUGUUAUGACAAAACGUUGUAACUCGAGAUACGUUUUUUGUAUCGUAAGAAACUAAUGCUUAUUUUGAUAAAUAGAUGAAAUUGUUAUGACAAACCGCAGUCACUCGAAGAAUUAAAUUUCCAAUGCAAAAAAGAUACGUUUUUUUUCAUUUCUUUUGUACGCACAUUUGAUGAAUAUUAUUGGCAUAACACCGGCACACAAAAAAAAUUAAGUAGAAUGUGCAUUUGACCGGACCUACCCACGGGUACGUAUUUUGGUCCGCUGAAUCCGAAUUCGAGGUCAGUUUGACCCCUACACCCUCGAAAUUUCGAGAAAACUUCGAAUUUAAUUAUAAUUAAUUAAAUUAGUAAAAUUUUGAUGAUACCCUAUUAUUAAGUGACACUAAAUAAACCUUUUUAGCUUUGUUACGACAAAACAGCGUAUCUCGAUAUACGUUGUUUUGUCAUAACAGGGCAGGCCCUGUCAGUAACAUAAAAAAUCUAGAUACUAAUAUUGGCAAGAGAUCUUUUCAAUUCAUUUUGGUUUUUAUAAUUACUAAUUACCGUUUGAACAAAAAUUUUUAGUAAAUUUUCAUACUAAUUUUUCUAUUCGUGUAACUAUAUUUCAUGGUUUAAAUAAAAUUUAUAUUAAUUGUUAAUUUCAUAUUUGAAUAUCGAACAUAACAAACUCUGAAUUCAAAAUACUCGAAAAUUUGCGAAUAAUAUAAUAAUUCGUGAAUAAUUCGGAAAAAAUUCGAAUUUUUGAAUUAUUCAAUUCGAGUUUCGAUAUUAAUAUUCGAUUCGGAACGAAUAAUUCGUAAGUUCGAAUUAUUCGCACACCCCUAAUCAGAAUUUUUUAAAAAAUAAAAUUUUUUUAUUCGAAAAAUAUUUAAAUUAAAAAUACCAGAUUUUUUU